GUCGCGGGCCGGGCCGACGCGGCUGGGCCACCCCGGGAACCAGCCUUGCGGUGGAGGGUUCGGGAGUUCCAGGAGGCACCGUCCCGGGUCCUGGCGUGGCCACGGGCAAGGCAGCCUGACCUCCGUCUGCUGGGCUCCCUGCGCUCGUGGCAGCGGUUUUGAAAUAUGAAUCCAGGAGGAGCUUCAUCUGCUCCAAAAUUUGAUGCAAGUUUAGAUGCAGAAUGGCAACAGUGGAAGGCAACGCAUGGGAAAGUAUAUGGCCCGAAUGAAGAAGGAUGGAGGAGGACAGUGUGGGAGAAGAAUAUGAAAAUGAUUGACCUGCACAACCAGGAAUACAACCUAGGGAGACAGAACUUCACCUUGGCAAUGAACGCUUUUGGUGACAUGACCAAGGAAGAAUUCACGCAGGUGAUGAAUGGCUAUCAAAACCAGAAGUGCAAGAAAAGGAGAGUGUUCCGGGAACCUUACAUUGCUGAAAUCCCCACAACGGUGGAUUGGCGAAAAGAAGGCUAUGUAACUCCCGUGAAGAACCAGGGUCACUGUGGUUCUUGUUGGGCAUUUAGUGCAACUGGUGCCCUUGAGGGACAGAUGUUCCGGAAAACUGGCAAACUUAUCUCCCUGAGUGAGCAGAACCUUGUGGACUGCUCUCAGGCUCAAGGCAAUGAGGGCUGCAAUGGUGGCCUAAUGGAUAAUGCUUUCCAGUAUGUGAAGUCCAACGGCGGCCUGGACUCAGAGGACUCCUAUCCAUAUCAAGCAACGGUUGGACCCUGCAGAUACAGGCCCGAGGACUCUGUUGCCAAUGUCACUGGCUUCGUGGACGUUCCUGGGCAGGAGAGUGCCCUCAUGAGGGCAGUGGCAACCGUGGGGCCCAUCUCGGUGGCUAUAGAUGCAAGCCAUUUUAGCUUCCAGUUCUAUGAAGAUGGCAUUUAUUAUGAGCGGCGCUGCAGCAGCGUGGAUCUAGAUCAUGGCGUUCUGGUGGUUGGCUAUGGCUUUGAAGGAGAAGACUCAAGUAACAAUAAAUAUUGGAUUGUCAAGAACAGCUGGGGUGGAACUUGGGGCAAGAAUGGCUACAUAAAGAUGGCCAAAGACCGGAACAACCACUGUGGAAUCGCCACCGCGGCCAGCUAUCCUACUGUGUGAGAUGAUGGUGAUAAGGAAAGACUUGAUGGAGAACAGGAUAUCCAGAGGAGGAAUUCUUAUCUUAAAACUGACCACAUUUCACUUAAUGGGAUACAACACUUGAAUCUUGAAGCUCCAAACUGUGAUUUGCAUUCUGUGAUGUUUUAUGUUGGUUAAAAUGUUACCACUUCCUUUAUAAGGAUAUAUAAAUUUUUACUUUUUAAAAUAAAACUUAAUUUUUAUUAUUUUUAGUCCUUGCCCAAGGAUAUAUUUAUUGAUUUUAGAGAGAGAGGAAGGGGUAGAGAGAGAAAGAAACAUCAAUGUGGGAGAGAAACAUGGGUCAGUUACCUCUGGUACGUGCUGCGUCUGGGGAUUGAACCUGAAACCUUUUGGUGUACGGGACAAUGCUCCACCAGUUGAGCCGCUAAAACUUAAUUUUGUAUGUAGAGAUGGGGUUCUUUCUGUUCUUAAUACAUUUACUUGCAAAAGACAAAAAUGUAAUUGGGCCCUAAAGACAACUGAAGGUGCCAGUGGUCCAUUAGGACAAUGGCUGGGUGGCCUGCUGGGUCCUCUAGUUAUCAAUACUAAAUAUGCAGAUCUUAUGUCAGUUGUCUAUUGGCUGUGUCUGACCCAACCCUUGAAUGGAGCAAAAUUUGACAAACUAUAUGUAAGGACAAAGGUCAAUUUUGUGUUUUUUGUUAAUCCAUCUGAGGAUAUUUUUCUGCUUGAUUUUUAGAGAGUGGAGGGGUGGGAGGAGGGGAGAGAGAAAAACAUCAAUGUGAGAGAAACAUGGAUUGGUUGCCUCCCGUGCAUGCCCGUUGGGGGCCAAGAUCAACCUGCAACCCAAGUAUGUGCACCUGACUGGGAAUUGAACCCAUGACCCUCCAUUCCUCGGGGAGAUGCUCUAACCACCUAGACAUAACAGCCAGGGCAAGGGCAAUUAUUUUAAUAAGGAAAAAAUUCACAUUUUAGAAAAGUUGAGCACACACAUGUAGGAUUGCUAGAUUAAAAAGGGGC